UAAUAAAAAAAACCAUCGAUAAAAAUUUACGCGAUACAAAAUUGUUCAUCUUUAAACAGUUGUCACUUCUCGCUGUACGUGCCGUACGGCAAAAGUAGAAAAUUGAGGUUUUUUUGUGCGUUCCAGCAUGGAGUACGGCACGUACGUGGCGCCUUCGACUUAUAUACACAAAGUCUAUUAGCUGCCAGUCUAAUUAGUUUCCGCAAAGAGCCGAUUUGAAUAAUAAUAAUAAUAAUUGAAUUACGUAGAUUGAAGUGGAAAAAUUAGCGUAACUUUGCCAUGUAGUAAGUAUAGAUGUUACGCUACUACAAACACAACCGCAACAACAUUAACUUAUUCCGUCAAAUUCAUAUGCCGGUGUGUGGUGUUACCAGUGUUACUACCACAAAGCUGAAAUUAUGUGACUGAAAUGGGCUUACUUUAGAAUUUAUAUAAUGAAUUUUGUUGUGACGACAACCCUGAUCAUUUGUUUCUGUUCAAGCACGUGUAAUAUUUGUUUACUUUUACCGGCCGUGGAUGCUAAUAACAGCUUACUGGUAUAUUAAAAAUUUAAAAAUUGGCGAUUAAAGCAAAAUGUCAACUGAAGAAGAAUUUUUGCGUUGGCUACAUCGUAGUGAGAAGCCAUUCGCUGAGAAUUUUAAAUUUGCAUUAAAAGCUUGGAACUCAGCAGAAUUCACACUUUCAGACAAAUAUGAAUUAGUUUUAAGCUGGCUUUCUUCAGAAGCAGCAAAACUUCCAAUCGAACUAAUUCCUUACGAGGAGUUUACUGAACUAUUACAAAUGAGUGCACAGCCGGGGCUUAUAGACCAAGGAAUUAAAAGAAAGUUCGUCGAAAUGUUUCUAGAUUUUACUGAAAAAUGGGCUGAAGAGAAUAAACAAGAGAAAACUUGCGCAUGGUCAAGAUUAAUGUAUCGGCUGUGCGAUUUUGAAAUUUUGCAAGAUCUGUAUCGUACAGAUUACGAGUUACAUGCACGAGUGUGCUCAUCAUUACUCAUCAGUUAUGAAUUAUAUUUAAAGCAGUUUGAUGUGUCCAAAACUCAUAUGGUUUCUAAAUCAACGAAAUUACUAAACAAUGCCAAGGAAACUGAAUUCUUUGCCAGCGUUGUAGGUCAUUUUAAAGACCACGUUAAAAGAACCACCGACCUAAAACGAGCUGACAGUUAUUAUACAUUGUUAGUCUUACAACCACUUGUUCGGGUGAUAUUGUUGCUACGAACACAUACACUUUGCUUCUUCGAUGAAUUGCUACACUUUGAACGUCUGCUAACAGACCACCACACAGAUGAAAAGCUGGUGGAACGCAUUAUGCUACUGCCUUUGCAUGCUCGACUUUUAACACUUGAAUGUGCAAUUGUUAAUAGACGUGGUGUGGAAAGCUUUCUACAGCAUUUGUUACAGCAUGUUUUUAAAGAGCUCUCCCCAGAAGACGAACAACAACAUAAUCCUAAAACGCCGCUAAUGUUAACUGGCAUUGCCCAUACUUUAGAAAUUUUUCGAAAACAUGAUAUUAAUCUAAAUUUCAAAAUGGAGUUGGAAAACCAACCGCCGACUAUGACUUAUUUGGGCCAGCAGCUUUUGGCGUGGAUUCAACGGUACAAGCAAUAUCAUUUGCGGGAGGUUUUAAUGCUAUUAUGUGCUGCUUUGCGACUCAAUCCGCUUAUAUUAGAACAAGACAUUUUCCAGAUAACCACCUGGAUGAUCGUAGCCGAAAAGAAAAAUAACGAAGAGAUUGCUCUGUUUGGCGAGUUUCUUGUGUCCCUAAUGGACAUGUUUCGACGAUUGAGUCGUGCUGAAAAACUGGUUUUUAAUAUGUUGAAAGGCCUUAAGGAAUGGUUAAGCAAAUAUGAUCUGAUUUCAACUAGCAAACCAAGAAAAAGCUUGAAGCGUAAGGCAGAAGAAGAUGUUGAAAAUAAAAGUAACAAUUUCGGUGCAAAUGUGGACGAAGAAAUGAUUUACCUGUAUAUUAUUUUCAAAGAGUUCCACCAUGUACCAGCGCACUCCAACAAUACCAUGGAUAGUGCCUUUCCUUAUUUGCGAGCAGCAUGGCCCACGGAAAGUGUUGGCGUAGCUUUUUCGAAGCUAAUAACUGGGCUCGUCUCGAAACCUGCCCUGGUGAUUUGGAAGUCAUUGCUUUACUCCUUAAAAGAAUUGCUAGAAAAGUUACAUAAUCAGCCAGAUAUUGCGGGCCAAGAGAAGAGCCAAUUUCUUUUAGAUUUCCAUUCAGCUCUACUUUGUCAAUAUUUUUCUGGUUGUCGUUUGGUGGAGCAGUAUGAUAAGUUUUCGAAGGAAGUUAAUGAACAGAUGCAAAUUACCGCAGAAAUGCUCGCUCAAUUCGGACGUUUUUUGCUCUCACAAGAACACAAUAAUCGUGCAGUUAGCGCUUUUCUUGAAUGCGUAUUUCAUGCAUCAAAUUUCGAACUGCUACUUAACUAUUACCGUCCUGAUGGAUUAGAGAGCGAGCAGUUGGCGCGUUUAGAAAAUUUCCAUGCAUUUUUGAAAACCGAGGAAUGGGCAUUACUGCAGAACCGAAUACUAAAUUUUGGCAAAGCACAGAACAAAUUUCUUUUCAACCGCUUGAUGUUACAACGCGCCCAAGCACAAUCGCUUUUCCAAUCAACAUCGGAACUUCAUGUAAUUGACUUACAAAAGACAUUACAAUCAGCAAUCGAUGAUAAGCUGUCGAGCCAAGUUGGUGUAUUGUUGCAAAAAGUACCCAGCACAAAAUGGUUUGUUAGUCACAUCGACGUAAAGGAAAAAUCUAACUUGUUACAACACCUACUGGGUGAACCUAGGGCGCUUGACGCAAUUUUAGAAGAUUUAGGCUCUUUGGAUCUUCUAGCUAUCGCCUUGUUUGCUCGCUUGUCUCAAAAUAUCGCAGCAGCUGCUAAAGGUUCAAUGCUCGCCGCGUUGCGGUGUAACGUCGAUACAUUAAGCGCGUAUAUACGCGCCGAUCAAAAUACAGCAGAUAAAGAACUACUGAAAUUGGUGGCUAUUAUUGAAUCGCAUGCGCAGAGUGCAUACAAGGUGAAAAAACUACCGGAUGAUGAAGAAAUUCAAAAGAUUAUACUGCUUUGUCGUCAGUUGCCGCUAGGACAUCUUCGCACUCAAAGCAAAAAUUUAAUAUUCACUUUAUAUCUAGCAUUUUACAGCGACUUACAGCAUACGAAUGCGGCAGAAGCCGGCAACUACACUGCGCAAGUAUUUGAAAUAAUUAUAGAUUUUCUACACUUUGGCCAACAUGUACCAAUUUUCAAAUAUUUCUCCUUAACAACAAUUUUACAAAUAUUGCCGGUUGCUAGCUGCUGGCAGUUCUAUGAAUUUGUAUUUUCCACCAUUAAAUCUGAAGCGAAAGGAAGCGAACCGUUUCUUACUGCUUUAGCUGAAAAUUUGGAAUCGGCACAAACUUCUGAUGGUAAACUUAGCGAGGACCAGCGCCGUCUUUUGCUGAUUGCCAUCGAAACACUUGCUGCACUUGGUGGCCCAAGCGCUAAACGCAUGCGUAAACAUUUUGAACGCGCGUUGGCUAUUUAUUCCAAAUUCAUAACGGCUUACUUUGAUAGACACCCCGCGAAAGCUAUUGAAGCACCAGUUGAUAGCCAUGCUAAAAAAGAUAAGAAAUUCGUGGAAAAAACGUUGGCUGGUUUCGCACCAUUUGCCAAUGCUUUGCUUACUAAUACAGCUGGCGGAACUGGCAAGGACGAGGAUACGUCAGCAGUUACAGUCGAUGAAAACUUUCGACGCAUUUGUAAAAUAUAUAUCGGACAUUCGAUGGAUUAUCGCAAUCCACAUGCCAUACGCCUGAUGCAAGUGGCACUAAAUCAUCGACAGUUAUUACACUUAGAUCAGGAUGAAAUAGAAUUUGUGCUUAGUCAUUAUUGGCAGCAGUUGAAUGCAGAUCUGAAAACAUCAAGCUUAAUUGAAGCCAGUAAUGUAAAGACGACCGAGACAACAGUUAAAAUGAUUAUUGGUAACAAAACCAAUGAAGAUUUGCUACUGACACUGCAAAGUCUUGCUAACAAUCUGGAUGACAUGAAGGAUUUCCGAAAUAUUCUGCGUUGCCUAGAAUUAAUUGCCAAGUGUUCGUUUAGCACUAUAAAAGGCGCCAUUUUUAAUGCAAAGUUUAAAUCGAUCGCAUCUAACAUCAUAUUGCGUCUUGUAAAAGAUGAGCAGCAGCAAUUUGUGGACAAAGUACAAAUAUUGGCAAUAUUAGCAGCGCAGCAAUCUUUAAUUGAAAACAAAAUGAUCCCCAUUUCCAUGGACACUUUGGAUGAUAUACUUUCGUUUCUUAUGGAUAUCAAUAUAAAACGAUUUCCGCUCUCUGAAGACAAUUUGGAUACCUUUAAGAAAUUACAUUGGUCUAUGACGGAUCUGGCAGGCAGUCUGAUCCGACAAAGACAUAUUCUACUUUUGGAUCGAGUUCCUCAAUUCAUGCACAUUUUUAAAGAUCUUAUGCAAUCCAUUGUAUGGUAUAAGAGUGAUCGUCAAAAGGAUUCGGCGUUAUCGGCAACUGAGUUGGAUGAUUUGGCAGAUUUGGCUAUGAAAUUGGAAGCUUUAAUGCACUUGGUCGCUGCGCAUAGCGUACAUUUUAAGCGUGUUGCGCCAUUUGUACUUACAUUUGUCAUUGGUCUAAUGGUCGCGAAUAAACGAGCCACAACUUUAUAUCCGAAGAUUAAGACGCACAUUGAUAACGUAUGCUACGAUUUGAUUGGAAUUUGUGAUCACCGUGUUGGACGUUUUAUCUUGCGAUGUUCCAAUGAAGCCGCACGACAGGUUUACGAAUUGUACGUUAAGGAUCAUAAAAAGUACCACAAAUUCAAGGGCAAAGUGUGAAUACUUGUUAUAUUAUAUACUCGUAUGUUAGUUUUAAAAUGUGUAUUCAAAUAGUUAUAAACUUGUUUUGAGCUACAUAUGCAUGAACAUGUAAUUUAAAUUAUGUCUGUUAUGUUUUCUUUUGAGAAGUAAAUGCAUAUCUGCUUGGUAAUUGGCA